GAUAUUCUUCAAAAAUCCACCUUUUUGUUUCCACAGAAAAAAAAGCCAGAGUAAGGCUUUAGUGCUCAGCUCUCACACUGAUAUAAGUGUUCAUUAGGUGUGAGCCACGCCAGCUAUUAUUUCCACUGUGCUCUGCUCUUUUGAAUUCACUCUGUGUAGGAAGUGCCAAGGCCUUGCGUCAUUUCCUCAACCUUCUCUCUCAGCGCUUCUGGUUUUCUCCUCUAUUUCCCCUCUCCACCCUACACCUCUGUAUCUCACCGAGCAGAGAAAAACGCUUAUCCAGCGCUCAUCGCCUUGAUGCCCGCUCCACGUCCCCCAACAACAAAGUUUGCACCGUCGUUCAAAGUUUGAGAGCUUCGUACUAUUCUUUGAAACCAGCAGUCACCCUCACAUGUGCACGUCUGUACUGGACCAACGUUUUCUCUGGAGCAGCUGAGCAGGAGAAGCAACUGUGGAUCUGUCCAUCGCCUGGCCUACAUUUUUGGGGGUGGGGAGAAAGCAGUAGUGUUGCAGCGGUGGUACUUGGGGUUUUAUUUUUAGUCGCUUCCCGACCCUCUACCACGGCAGCUGUCUCCCUCCUCCUCCUCUGACAGAGCAGAGUCAGGAAUAGCCUAUCACUUUGCACCUCUCAGAACUAGGGCUGCUGGUUAGUGUGACGUGGGUCUUCUGGUUCUCAGGACUGUCUCUCUGUCUCGAACACACACAUACACUCGUCUCACCACUUUGGUUGGCACUCACCUGCACUCUGACCUUCGUAGGGAGCGACGUUCAGUGUUUGGAGCUGCCGCAAAAGAUCACAGAGCCAAGAACCUCUCUUCUUUCCAGCAUUGUGGGUCUUAUUUACCUGAAGUUUGUGACCUCACAUAACAUAACUGUGGAGACCAGCAUCCAUUGUGCCAGCCUCUUGUCUGCUGGUCCCUUCAUCUGUCACUCAUCUUUUCAUCCUGCCCUCCCUCCCUCUUCAAACCCUUACCCGGCCCAGCCCAUGACAGCAGCGUUGCCAGCAUGGCAUUCUCAUCACGCUUUUCCUUCUGGGAGCAAAAGAUCAAAGAAGAGAACAAGCCAAUCCCCAAGAGUUCAAAUAACAAUUCUGACAGCGAUGGCAGCCUGAGUAGCCGCUCCCAGUCGGUGCCCAGCCUGGAGCCUGGCAGAGGCCUGCUGCGUGCUAAAAGUCCUCAGCCUGUUCGGGACACACCCACAGAGAUCCAGUCCCAACCUCAAUUCAGGCGAGUCAAAAGCCCCUCACCCAACAGAGACAAAAUGGCAACCAGAAAGUUCUCUGAAGUGCCCAAGAUGCCGGAGCGCUUCAAAAGCCCUGAGCCUCCCCAAGCUCCCCUGAGUCCUGAACUUUUUCAGAAUGGAGAAAGGAAAAUGAAUGGCACCCUCAAUGGCAGUGUUAAGACUACUGCUAGUGCUAGUCAACCAGAGCUCACAGAGGACUUGCAGGGUGGCACCCAUAAGAAGGUGGUAAAGGUGGUGCGCAGAGUGAUUAGGAGGGUAGUUCCUGCUGAAGAAGACACAGCAACAACCCCUGCAGCCAUGUCUCCAGAACCACCUAAACCAGCUUUAGAACCACCGAAACCUGAACCAGCAUCUGUUCCAAAAGUUGUAAAGAUGCCCGUGUUCUCCUUCAAACAUGAUUCCAUAAAGAAGGAGGAAAGAGAUGAUAUCUCUGCUGGACUGGCUAGUUUGAUGACACGAGGCAGGGCCAGGGAACAUCGUCCACGUAUCCGCAAGGAUGAGCCUCCUGAAAAAGAGGAUGUGAAACCUGUAGAGAAAUAUCAAGAGAAGGAAUUUUCUGGACCAGCACAAGAUAAAACUGUGCCGAAAGUAGAGGCCUCCAACACUCCAAAACAAGAGCCACAGACUUCAGCAUCUGCUGCUACCUUGACGACUCCUAAGUCUCCUGCUUCACCACCAGCAGGAUUCAUCCCAAAACCCAACCCACUCUCUCCCCCAUCUGGAUUUGUUCCUACACCGAAACCCUUAGGAUUUGUCCCCACCUCAAAACCAUCUGCUCUUUCCCCUCCAGCAGGCUUUAUUCCUGCUCCAAAACCUUCUCCUGUGACUCCUGCUGGAUUUGUUCCAAAAGCUCCUAUUGUUUCUUCACCUUCAGCUCCUAUUCCAGAUCCCAAAACAUUGCCUGUUAUCCCCAGUUCUACACCUGCUGUUCCUAAAGCAACUGCUUCCUCUGCUCCAACCGCUCCUGGUAAAUCCAACACCCUUAACCCCCCAGCCCCCAAAACAGAUCCAUUUGCCCCUCCAUCAGGGUUCAUUCCCACCAAUAAACUGAUGCCUAUGAAGAAACCAGAGGUGAAGACGGGCGUACGUAUGCCACCAAGUCAAGCAGGGAGACCUUCUCCUGGGAGCAUUUCUAAACCCUCUCUACCAAUCUUGUCCAAAAAGGAGAGUCCGCCACUGAGUCCCACAGAAGAAGCACAGAGACGGCUGGAGAGGAUCUUCGCUGCACCUCUGGAACCUGUGGCCAGUGCCUCUGCGUCGUCUCAGGUACAGGGCCCCUCUGGGGACGGCUCAUCCCCCACUGCGCCCCUCCAUGGCUUGGCCGGAGUGUGCGCUCGUGUGGCCUGUUGGAGUGGACAGGUGGAGGAGGAUCCCGUGGCAAUCCUAAAGGCAGACCAUGCUGCUGCCGCCCAUCCUAAGGUGAAAACAGAGGAGCAGAUAGCUGCAGAGCAAGCAUGGUACGGUUCGGAGAAAGUGUGGCUGGUCCACAAGGAUGGAUUCUCUCUGGCCACUGUGGUGAAGACAGAGGCUGGCAGUCUACCAGAGGGGAAAGUGAAAAUCAAACUGGAGCAUGAUGGGACAGUACUGGACGUGGACGAGGAUGACAUAGAGAAGGCAAACCCGCCGUCAUUUGACCGCUGUGAGGACUUGGCAGCUCUGCUCUACCUGAAUGAGUCCAGUGUCAUGCAUUCCUUGCGCCAGCGCUAUGGAGGAAAUCUCAUCCACACAUACGCAGGGCCCAACAUGGUGAUCAUCAACCCUACCAGUGCCCCCUCCAUGUACUCGGAGAAGGUGAUGCACAUGUUCAAAGGCUGUCGACGAGAAGACACAGCUCCUCAUAUAUAUGCAGUGGCCCAAUCCGCCUACCGAAACCUUUUGACAACACGACAGGACCAGUCCAUCGUGCUGCUGGGAAAGAGCGGCAGUGGCAAGACCACAAACUGCCAGCAUUUAGUCCAGUACCUGGUGUCCAUCGCCGGCAGCACUGGAAAGAUCUUUACUGCUGAGAAAUGGCAAGCGGUCUACACAAUCCUAGAGGCCUUUGGAAACAGUGCCACCUCCAUGAACAAUAAUGCAAGCCGCUUCUCCCAGAUCGUCUCGCUGGAUUUUGACCAGGCUGGUCAGGUGGCCUCAGCCUCCAUCCAGACCAUGCUGCUGGAGAAGCUGAGAGUGGUGAAACGACCAGAGACUGAGUCCACUUUUAAUGUUUUUUAUUACAUGAUGGCUGGAGCAGACAGCACACUUAGAACGGAGUUGCAUUUUAACCACUUUGCAGAGAACAGUGCUUUUGGGAUUGUGCCUCAAACUAAGUCUGAGGACAAGCAAAAGGCAUCACAACAGUUCACUAAACUGCAGGCAGCUAUGAAGGUGCUGGGCAUCUCUUCUGAUGAACAGAAAGCUCUGUGGCUCAUCCUUGGAGCCAUAUACCACCUUGGAGCUGCAGGGGCCACGAAAGAGGCUGAUGAAGCGGGCCGGAAGCAAUUUGCACGUCACGAGUGGGCCCAGAAGGCGGCUUACCUCUUGGGUUGCACCCUAGAAGAGCUCUCAUCUUCUAUCUUCAAACACCAGCCCAAAGGAACCUUACAGAGAUCCACCUCAUUCCGCCAGGGACCAGAUGAUGUUGGGACAGGAGACAACUCGGCUCCAAAGAUCACAGCUCUGGAGUGUCUGGAGGCCAUGGCUGCUGGACUCUACUCUGAACUCUUUACUCUAGUCAUCUCACUUGUUAACCGAGCGCUGAAGUCGAGUCAACAUUCCCUGUGCUCUCUGCUUAUUGUGGACACACCGGGAUUCCAGAACCCAAAGCUAGCCAAGCGGGACCGUGGAGCCACCUUUGAGGAGUUGUGCCACAACUACACACAAGAACGUCUCCAAACGCUUUUCCACGAACGCACUUUUGUACAGGAGCUAGAGCGCUACAAGGAGGAAAACAUAGAACUUGCAUUAGAUGACAUAGAGUCCAGUACAUCACUGUCUGUAUCAGCUAUAGACCAAGCCUCCACUCAAGCAUUGGUACGGACCUUGGCCAGGACAGAUGAGGCGAGGGGCCUGCUGUGGCUGAUGGAGGAAGAAGCUCUGCAGCCCGGGGGUUCAGAGGAAACUCUGCUGGAGAGACUCUUCAGUUAUUACAGCCAUGUGGAUGGAGAGAGCAAAGGCCCCGCCCUGCUGCUGAAGAGUGAGAAGGUACAUCACUUCCUGUUGGGUCACAGCCAUGGGACUGACUGGGUGGAGUAUGAUGCUAGCGGCUGGUUGAGCCAUGCCAAACAGAAUCCUGCCUCUCAGAAUGCGGCCAUUUUACUGCAGGAUUCUCAGAAGAAGAAUAUCAGCAGCUUGUUUAUGGGGCGUUCAGGGGGAGCCACAGUUUUGUCAGGCUCUAUUGCUGGGCUUGAGGGCGGAUCACAGUUGGCCCUGCGCAGGGCCACGAGCAUGAGAAAGACCUUCACCACUGGUGUGGCCGCUGUUAAAAAGAAGUCCCUCUGCAUCCAGAUUAAACUGCAAGUGGAUGCGCUGAUAGACACAGUGCGGCGGUCCAGGGUGCACUUCGUGCACUGUCUGCUGCCUAAAGCGGAGACUUCAGCUGGGGAUUUGAAGGUGUUGGGAGGACCCUCAUCUCGCUCUGGGGAGAUAGAUGCACACGGAGAAAGCUGUGACAACGGCCUCAUGCAGCUGGAUGUGUGCUUGCUCCGGGCGCAGCUGCGUGGCUCCAAACUGCUUGACGCCCUGCGUAUCUACCGCCAAGGUUAUCCUGAUCAUUUGGUCUUUUCGGAGUUCCGUCGCCGCUUUGAUGUGCUGACUCCCCACCUGACAAAGAAACAUGGGCGGAACUACAUCGUAACCGAUGAGAGAAGGGCUGUCGAAGAACUGCUGGAGUCUCUUGAGCUGGAAAAAAGCAGUUAUCACAUGGGCUUGAGCAGGGUGUUCUUCAGGGCAGGUGUUUUGGCUAAGCUAGAGGAGCACAGAGAUAUCCAGACCAGACGCAACAUCACCCUGUUUCAGGCAGCGUGCAGGGGCUACUUGGCCCGACAAGCCUUCAAGAAGAGGAAGAUCCAGGACUUGGCAAUCCGCUGCAUCCAGAAAAACAUCAAGAAGAACCGGGGUGUGAAAGGCUGGCCGUGGUGGAAGGUCUUCACCACCGUCCGUCCUCUCAUUGAGGUUCAGCUUACAGAGGAACAGAUCCGCGGCAAAGACGAGGAAAUUCAGCAACUCAAGUUGAAGCUGGAGAAAGUGGAGAAGGAGAGGAAUGAGUUGAGGCUCAAUAGUGACCGACUGGAAAGCAAGAUCACAGAACUCUCAUCAGAGCUCGCCGAUGAGCGCAACACGGGUGAAUCCGCCUCGCAGCUGCUGGAGUCCGAGACCUCGGAUAGACUGAGGCUAGAGAAAGACAUGAAGGAUCUACAGGCCAAGUUUGACGCUAUGAAGAAGCAGAUGGAGUCUAUGGAGAUGGAGGUAAUGGAGGCACGACUCAUACGGGCAUCAGAGCUCAACGGGGAAAUGGACGACGAUGACACUGGAGGAGAAUGGAGGCUCAAGUAUGAGAGAGCAAUCAGAGAGAUUGAGUUUACUAAGAAGAGACUCCAGCAAGAGUUUGAUGACAAACUAGAGGUGGAGCAGCAAAACAAGAGGCAGCUGGAAAGAAAGCUGACAGACCUGCAGGCAGACAAUGAAGAGGUGCAGCGUGGGCAGCAGCUGAAGAAGAAAUGCCAGAGACUGACAGCCGAGCUGCAGGACACCAAACUGCACCUGGAGGGGCAGCAGAGCCGCAACCACGACCUGGAGAAAAAACAGCGCAAGUUUGACUCGGAGCAGACUCAGGCUCAGGAGGAGGUUCAGAGAGAGAAGAGUCAGCGGGAGAAACUGAGCAGAGAGAAAGACAUGCUGACUGGGGAAGUGUUCAGCCUUAGACAACAACUGGAGGAUAAGGAUCUGGAGAUAUGUGCUGUCAAUCUGAAGCUCGAGCAAAUGGAGGCAGAGCUUCAAGAUCUGAACUCACAGGAGACAAAGGACGAGGCAUCAUUGGCCAAGGUUAAAAAGCAGCUUCGUGACCUUGAGGCAAAGGUCAAAGAUCAAGAAGAAGAGCUUGAUGAACAGGCUGGAACUAUUCAGAUGCUGGAGCAGGCCAAGCUCCGUCUGGAGAUGGAGAUGGAGAGACUGAGACAGACACAUUCGAAAGAGAUUGAGAGCAAAGACGACGAGGUGGAGGAGAUCAGACAGUCCUGCAGCAAGAAGCUCAAGCAAAUGGAGGUGCAGCUGGAGGAGGAGUAUGAAGAGAAGCAGAAGGUCUUGCGGGAGAGGAGGGACCUGGAAGCCAAGCUGAUGAGCGCUCAAGACCAGGUGAGCCACAGAGAUGUGGAGACAGAAAAGCGUCUGAGGAAAGACCUGAAGCGCACAAAGGCCUUGCUGGCUGAUGCCCAGAUCAUGCUGGAUCACCUGAAGAACAACGCUCCCAGCAAGAGAGAGAUCGCUCAGCUCAAGAACCAGCUCGAGGAAUCAGAGUUCACGUGUGCUGCUGCAGUCAAAGCCCGAAAGUCAAUGGAAGUGGAGAUUGAGGACCUUCAUGUCCAAAUGGAUGACAUAUCUAAAUCCAAGCAGGCGCUUGAGGAGCAGCUGAGUCGAUUGCAGAGGGAGAAGAAUGACCUGCAGUCUCGCAUGGAGGAGGAUCAGGAGGACAUGAACGAACUCAUGAAGAAACACAAAGCCGCUGUUGCCCAGUCCUCACAGAACCUGGCCCAGAUCAGUGACCUGCAGGCCCAGCUGGAGGAGGCCAUGAAGGAGAAACAGGACGUCCAGGAGAAGCUCACAGCCCUGCAGAGUCAGCUAGAGUUCCAAGAGCAGUCCAUGGUGGACAAGUCUCUGGUCAGCCGGCAGGAGGCCAAGAUCCGUGAGCUGGAGACCAAGCUGGAGUUUGAGAAGACACAGGUCAAACGCUUGGAGAGUCUUGUAGCGAGGCUGAAAGAGAAUCUCGAGAAGUUGACUGAGGAACGAGACCAACGCAGUGCCAGCGAGAACCGGGAGAAAGAGCAGAACAAGCGUCUCCUGAGGCAGAUCCGAGACGUCAAGGAGGAGAUGGCCGAGCUGGCCAAGAAGGAAGCAGAAGCCAGCCGCAAGAAACACGAGCUGGAAAUGGAUAUUGAGAGUUUGGAAGCGGCCAACCAGAGUCUCCAGGCGGAUCUUAAGCUGGCCUUUAAGAGGAUCGGAGACCUCCAGGCUGCUAUCGAGGAUGAGAUGGAGAGUGAUGACAAUGAGGAUCUCAUCAACAGCGAGGGCGGCUCUGAUACCGACUCUGAGGUGGAGGACCGUGUUGACGGGGUGAAGUCAUGGCUGUCCAAAAACAAGGGCUCUGCCAAGAACCUGUCAGAUGAUGGUAGUCUGAAGAGCUCAAGAUUUGCUGUAAAUGUUGACGGAAAGGAGGGAAAAGAGUGGGAAGAGGGUAAAGAAUGGAAAGACAGUGGCAAAGGUAAAGAGUUAGAACCCAGCAGGCCUGUGUCUGUCAUGAGUUCCCUCAGCUACAGGAAACGCUCCAACAUGAAGGACUCCAUAGGAGGUAAGGGAGAUGAGAGUUCGCUCCUCAACACCCUCAAAGAACAAUCUGAUUCCCAGGACCUCUCCUCUUUCCGCAAGAACAAAGCCAAGCAGGAAACUGAGGAUGACUCCUAUUCUGUCAACUCCUGGAGGAAGGCAGGAGAUGAUCUUGACGAUCGCGGUUCUGUCAUCUCUCAAGCCUACUCGGAAGCCGCCAGUCGGGCAAGGAAGGGCAUGGACAGCCGCUGGUCUGAGUUUGAUAAAGAGUCUGUUGUGUCCUCCGUAGCCCCGAGCCGGGUUUCCACCUGCCGUACUGCAAUGGACCUAGAUGACGAUGCUAUUUCCAGCGUGAGUCGCAUAAGUUCAGUAAGCCGGCGUCGGAGCAUGCCUCGUCUUGACGAUCGCCAGAGUGAAUACGGUUCACCCGUCAGCCCCAGCCUGAGUCGGCGCAGCCCAGGAAGCGUGAGCCGUGCCGACUCUCGCAUGUCACUGUCUCGCAGCUGUCGCCUCAGUGAAUUUGACGUGGACGAUGAUGCCCGAAGUAUAGCAUUCAGCGAGGCUCGCUCCAGCGCUUACAGCCCUCACUCCACCUCCGGCCGAAGUUUCUCCAUGCCUCCGCAAGCCCGGACCACCGACUCUAGCCCGCCUGACGUCUCGGACGUCAAGCCAGUCAGUCACCGCAACUACCUGGACCCUGACCUGGAGGCCGCUAUUAAUGAAGUGUUAAGCUUCAAACCUAUCAAGUUCAAGCGCACCAGCUUGGAAGACUCUGAAGCGGAGAAAAAUAAGCCGGAGGAGGAGGAGGAUGACCGGAAGAGCGUCAGCAGCUCCAGGAUCGGCAGAGACAGUGGGCGCUCUUCCAGCUUGCGCCGCUCUGCUUCAGCCGUGGACUUCAUGCGUUCCAGCAGUAGCCUCAGCACCCGCAGCAGCCGAAGCAAGAAGAGCAAGAGCAAGAAGAAGAAGAAGAGGAGAAGCCACAGCUCAGAAUCAGACAGCUCUGACGAUGACCGCAAGAAGAAGAGCUCCAAGAAGAAGAGUAAGAAGUCCAAGAAGAAGUCCAAGAAAGAGUCUUCGUCUUCCUCCUCAUCCUCGGAGUCUGAGUCUAGCACAGAAUCGGACUCCAGUUCAGGAGCGUCCACUAUUUCUUACAGAAGCUCCAGCAGUAUCAAAAAAGCCCCUGGCAGGCAGGCCUCAGGCUCUGAGGGAGAGCUGGAGCCCGAAGGCCCCUCUGAAGGAGCUCCCCCAAUGUCUAAGAAAGAGGAGAAGAAGAGGAAGAAGAAAGUAGACAAUCUUAUGAUGAAGUACCUGUACAAGCCUGACAGUGACUAAAGAUGGCACCCACCCUCCAGUCGCAGACGCUUCUGCCUUGACAGAUCUGACGAGGAAGAGGAAGAAGAAAAAGAGGAAGGGAGCACGGGCCGAAGCACCUACCGCGCCCGCUACAAACGCAGCAGCUACCUGAACGACAGCGAUGGCG